CUGCUCCUGCUACCCAGGACGCGGCUCCUCAGCCUCUCCCCUCCCGCCACCAUGCACCCUGCGGCCUUCCCGCUUCCUGUGGUUGUGGCCACUGUGCUGUGGGGAGCGGCCCCCAUCCGGGGGCUCAUCAGAGCGACCUCUGACCACAACACCAGCAUGGACUUUGCAGACCUCCCAGCACUUUUUGGGGCUACCCUAAGCCAGGAGGGACUCCAGGGGUUCCUUGUGGAGGCUCACCCAGCCAAUGCCUGCAGCCCCAUUGCCCCACCACCGCCAGCCCCGGUCAAUGGGUCAGUCUUUAUUGCACUGCUUCGAAGAUUCGACUGCAAUUUUGACCUCAAGGUCCUAAAUGCUCAGAAAGCUGGGUAUGGUGCAGCUGUGGUACACAAUGUGAAUUCCAAUGAACUUCUGAACAUGGUGUGGAAUAGUGAGGAAAUCCAGCAGCAGAUCUGGAUCCCGUCUGUAUUUAUUGGGGAGAGGAGCUCCGAGUACCUGCGUGCCCUCUUCGUCUACGAGAAGGGGGCUCGAGUGCUGCUGGUCCCAGACAAUAGCUUUCCCUUGGGCUACUACCUCAUCCCUUUCACAGGGAUUGUGGGACUGCUGGUUUUGGCAAUGGCAGCAGUGAUGGUAGUUCGUUGUAUCCAGCACCGGAAACGGCUCCAGCGGAAUCGACUGACCAAAGAGCAGCUGAAACAGAUUCCUACACAUGAGUAUCAGAAGGGAGACCAGUAUGAUGUCUGUGCCAUCUGUCUGGACGAGUAUGAGGAUGGGGACAAGCUGAGGCCUACCACAGCCGCUGUGUGGACCCCUGGCUCACUCAAACCCGGAAGACCUGCCCCAUCUGCAAGCAGCCUGUCCAUCGGGGUCCUGGCGAAGAGGAUCAGGAGGAAGCAGCUCAGGGGGAAGAGGAGGGUGACGAGGAAGGGGAGCCAAGGGACCACCCUGCCACAGAACGGACCCCACUUUUGGGCUCCAGCCCUACUCUUCCCACCUCCUUUGGCUCCCUAGCCCCAGCCCCUGUUUUUCCUGGGCCCAUAGGUGCCCCACUCUCUCCUUCUCCUUCCUCUUCUUCAGCUACCAUCCUGGUCUAAUAUCCCCUCUUCCCCCCACCUCCAGUGCCCUAUUUGCACAGCUCCUCUCUUCCAUGUGGAGGUAGGGGACAUUCCAGCCCCAGGUUUCUCCCUUACCCUACCCCGUCCUGGGGGGGGGGGGCGGCGGGGCGGCAAAGAGACUGGAUCUUCACAUUUUGAGCUAAUAAAAUUGUUUUUCUGGACUAAGGGAGAUCAGCCUCACACAGGUCAACUUCUUAUCCUUUAGGGUAAUCACUCCCCCUUUUUUUCCUAAUCGUGCUUGGCAGAGGGUGCUGGGAGACUAACCUAUAGUCAUGGGGACAGCUCCAGUAGACAUUCACUGACUCAGAGGGGGAGCCCCACCCACACAUGGGGAUGACUCAACUGGCCCUGCCUUGGCCCACAGGCCUGGGCUCAUUCUCUGGUCUGGAUGGCUCUAUUCCAUCACCCCUCAACCUCAAUUCACCUAGCACACUGAAAAGCUAGAACUGGUGGCAGUGCCACUCUGAGAGGCAGGGCCCCCAGGCCAAGUAGGCCUGAGGCAGGUGUUUAGUCUUGGACAUGGAAGCAAGAAACUAAAUUCUUGAACUUUAGUGCCUCAACCCUCCUGCUCCC